UACGCGUAAGCUGUCCUUGCGUUAUGGUCUCUUACCAUACUUUGACGUGAUGCUCGUGUCAAUUGCUGUCUAGCCGGCUGGCCGCGUCAGCCCGCACAGUGUUGGAAGGGCUCACGAUGACCUGAAGGGAUACUUAAACCCAAGUACACCAGUAGCACUCAGGACAACCCUUCAACCAACUUUAGCCACCUUCAAUCAUGAAGCUUAUCCUAACAGGUGUCACCGGUGCUGCUGGUAUCCAAAUCUUUCGUCAAGCAGUAUUAGAUGCAGCCAUCACGAAGAUCACAGUACUCUCUCGUAGAGCACUCCCAUCAUGGAUGGAUAUCCCCGAAAACGACAAGACAGAUGUUAUAGUUCUGAAAGACUUCUUGGAUUACCCUAGUGAUCUUCCUGCUCGUCUGGCAGAGCAUGACGCCUGCGUUUGGGCACUGGGGAAGAGCUCAGUAGGUCUGUCAGACGAGGAAUACACACGCAUCACAUACGACUACACCAUGCACUUCGUGAACUCCCUGCAAGAAACAAGGACGAAGGACAAAACGGGAGAGCCGUUCAGAUUUGUUUUCGUUUCAGGAGAGGGCGCAGAUCCAUCUGGAAAAAGCAACCUCAAGUUCGCGAGAAUCAAGGGCAUGACUGAAAAAGCUCUCUUUGAUCUCCCUCAGUCCUCCAACAUUACAGCAUCUGUCAUGCGACCUGCUUACUUCUUUCCCUCCAAAGAUCACCCAUCAGACCGAGAUAACAUUCGUUCAUCAACAGCAAAGGCUAUGGAUUGCUUCAUGACGCCCAUUAUGAAGACCAUCCUGCCCUCUAUGUAUACACCGAUUGAGGACCUCGGGCUUUUCGCCGUAGAGGCAGCUAAGGGCCGAUGGUCAGAUGAAAGGUUGUUUCCAAACUCAAAAAUGAGGGAGUUGAUCAAGGCGUUGCGCACUCUGGAAAUCCAGCAGUGAACAACAUUGGCAUUUAGAAGACUAAAUACACAUCAUGUCCCACAAUUACAUAUCAUUGCACGGCUGGAAUGUCCUAUAGUACACGGAUAUAUAUAAUGGUAUACAUCG